GCAGAGGUUGCAGCCGGCAGUGGUGCUACUGAUUCGCCUACGUUUUUCUAUGUGGCAGUAACAUGUUUCCAGCGCUGGAAGCAGAGUUGAAGCAGGAGGUCGGUACACUCCCCUUUCCAAAACUUCACAGAAACUUAAUCCUAGACCAAAAGGUUCGUUGUGGUGGCAUGCUGGUCCAACUAGAGGAUUGUUUUGUGUUUGACUUUUGGGGAGGCAGGUAGGUAAUGUGACCUUGCUGUGUAGCCCAGGUUGGCAUGGAACUCACUGUGUUGCCCAGCCUAGCCUUGAACUUGCUCCUCCUACCUCUGUUUUCCCUGGUGCUGGAAUUCCUAGUGUGUUCCAUACCCGCUAGUACCCCAGAUCUGUUACAGACAGAAUAACUCGAUAUUUGCAUGGAUUGUUUUGUUACCGUAUCCUGUGAAGCUUGUUUGACACUUGUUGCUAAGAAUUCAGUAUCAUCUCAAUGACAUGUUCUGCUUGAGAAUGCCUUUUCUUUCAGACUCUUCCUGAUCCCUACGAGGAUUUUAUGCACCAUCAUCUCCAGUAUUAUGGAUACUUUAAAGCACUGACUGUCCUGGAACUCACUUUGUAGACCAGUUCUGAACUGGUCUCAACAGCCUUGAACUCAAUCCAAUUGCUGCCUCCUGACUGCUGGAGCUAAAGGCGUUUACCACCAUGUCCCAGAUACUGAACCAUUCUACAAACAACUUGAACUAAACCACUUACUCUUAGCCCAGAAAGGCAAUCUACCAAAUUCUGCUGCUCAUCAGCGUGUUUGGAAGACUAGUCCUCGGUACAUGUUGAAUGGCUCUUUUGGAGAAAGAGACAAUUUGAUCUCAGACACCUUGGAAAAAGAGACGUUUCUAUGGCCCACCUGUUUGUCUUCAACGGGGCACACUCAGAUAGGCCCUGUGAGCAGAGAUUCACUUAUGCUGAGUUCACCACUUCUUAGGAGCAGGCAGCUCCUUCAUGAUGAACUAGAUGAAGUGAACCUGCGUCUUCGAGAACCCCGAGAGCUCUUCUCAUUUUUCUCUAGCCAAGGGCCGCUGCAGGCUCCAAGGUGGCCGAUAGAGUGUGAGGUCAUCAAGGAAAACAUUCAUCAUAUUGAGUGGGUUCCACCUCAGCCAGAACACUUCUAUCAACCUACAGGAGACGAAAAGAUGCCCGAGGUUGUGGGGGAAGAGCAAGGCACAGUUGUCUACCAGUUAGAUUCAGUGCCCACAGACGGUGCCUACUUCACCAGUUCCAGAAUAGGAGGCAAACGAGGGAUUAUCAAGGAACUUGCUGUUACAUUGCAAGGACCAGAAGAUAAUACCCUGUUGUUUGAAUCAAGGUUUGAGAGUGGGAAUCUGCAGAAAGCCGUCAGAGUAGGCAUCUAUGAGUACGAACUCACCUUGCGAACUGACCUCUACACAGACAAACACACCCAGUGGUUUUACUUUAGAGUUCAGAAUACCAGAAAAGACGUCACCUACCGCUUCACUAUUGUGAACUUGCUGAAGCCCAAGAGCCUGUAUGCGGUAGGAAUGAAACCUCUUCUGUACUCUCAGCUGGAUGCCGCCACCUACAAUGUUGGCUGGAGGAGAGAAGGACAGGAAAUCAAGUACUACAAGAACAACUCAGAUGAUGGGCAGCAGCCCUUGUACUGUCUCACCUGGACCAUUCAGUUCCCUCAUGACCAGGACACUUGCUUCUUUGCACACUUUUAUCCAUAUACUUACACUGACUUGCAAUGCUAUCUCUUGUCAAUCGCAAACAACCCCAUCCAGUCUCAGUUCUGCAAGCUCCGAGCUUUAUGCAGGAGCCUAGCUGGGAACACUGUCUACUUGCUCACCAUCACCAAUCCAUCCAGGACCCCUCAAGAGGCAGCUGCAAAGAAAGCUGUGGUGUUGAGUGCCAGAGUCCACCCUGGAGAAAGUAACGGCUCCUGGAUCAUGAGAGGAUUUUUGGACUUCAUCCUUAGCAACUCCCCAGAUGCCCAGCUCCUCAGGGAUAUCUUUGUCUUCAAGGUGAUUCCCAUGUUAAAUCCAGAUGGAGUGAUUGUGGGGAAUUACCGGUGUUCAUUGGCUGGAAGGGACUUGAACAGACAUUAUAAAACCGUUCUUAAGGAUUCUUUCCCCUGCAUUUGGUACACCAAGAAUAUGAUCAAAAGACUUAUGGAAGAAAGAGAGGUUCUCUUGUAUUGUGAUUUCCAUGGGCACAGUCGCAAGAACAAUAUCUUCCUGUACGGCUGUAACAGCAACAAUCGGAAGCACUGGCUUCAUGAGCGGGUCUUUCCUUUAAUGCUAAGCAAGAAUGCGCCAGAUAAGUUCUCUUUUGACAGCUGUAACUUUAAGGUCCAAAAAUGCAAAGAAGGAACUGGAAGAGUUGUGAUGUGGCGUAUGGGCAUUACAAACAGCUACACAAUGGAGUCAACCUUUGGCGGGUCCACCCUAGGCAGUAAAAGAGACACUCAUUUUACCAUUGAGGACCUGAAGUCCCUAGGUUAUCAUGUCUGUGACACUAUUCUGGAUUUCUGUGAUCCUGACCAGACCAAGUAUACUCAGUGUCUACAAGAGCUUCAGGAGCUCCUACAGCAGGAAAUCCACAAAAAGUUCAAUAACUCUGGACAAGAGAUGGACUUAGAAGGAAGCUGGAGUGACUUUCCUUUGUCCGACAUUGAAUCCAGCACAAGUGGCUCUGACAGCUCCCUCUCAGAUGGCCUUCCUGUCCACCUACUGAGCAUGGCAGAUGAGGACCAGUUGAAUCAGAAGAUGAUGUUAAAGAAGCCAAAGAAGAAAAGACUUCGGACUAGGAAGCAGCGAAACGAGCAGCGCCAGAGCUAUUUGCUGCGGGAGUCAAAGCUGACAGAGGACACCCCAACAGAGUUAAGUGGAAGAGACAAAGGCACCUCCCUGGACCCACCAUUGACCAGUCUGGUUCUACCUAAGAAUAAAGAAAUAAUUCAGAGUAAGAAGCCAGGCUUUACGUCAUGCUCUCCAAAGAGAAGCACAAACUCCAGCCUAGGGCCAGCUCCAGAUGUCAAGCCAAACUGGCCUAGGACUAAAUACCCCGCCACAAGGAAAGACCGCACCGCCACGGCGGUGUACCCAUCUUUGCACAUAUACACAUACCCUUAGGUGUGUGCUUUUGCUGUGACAUGCAGGUGCUUCCGCCAAAGAUUUUGGGUAGUUUUAUUGGUUUUUGUUUUGUUUUCUAUGCAGUGUUGGGAACCAAACCUAGGGCGUACGAGGCAAGGGAUUUACCAUUGAACUGUGUCUCCAGCUCCCUUGAAAAUGUUGUGAGUUAUUCACAUUUAAAAGAGGAAAUCUGUGAAGGAAAUGGAAACUAUUUAUUAUGUGCUGUGUUGUGUGUUCACGCUGACCUGCACUCUGUACUUCUACUGUGGACAUGGCCUAUGUUAUACCUCAUAAAUUCAGUACUUUUAUCCUAAGGUGAAAUUAUAUUUUGAUGUAUAGACUAGCCUUUAUUGUAAGUUGAAGUAUAUACUCACGAAAAGACAGCACAUAUUUCUCUCAUUUUUACCAGUAGAUGUUCCCUCCAAAGUUAUAUGCAAAUAAGUUUUUAAGAGAUCAAACUAAUUUUGAACGUGCCAUAUGAAAAAGUCUGUGUCAAAGUUUCCGAAAGGUUAAAUGACCAAUCAGACUAUGGUAUAUCAGGUUUUCUCAAAGUGAGGUAUUUCUACCUAGAAAAAAACAAUUACAUGUAUUACUUAUAAUUUAAUGUUGCAUAUAUUAUGUUCAACAAGGUUGUGUAAAUUUUUAACUCAACCAUUAAAAUUUUUCUCUCUG